AUGGAGUCGGGCAUCCGCUUGAGCACGCUCUGCCUUCUCCUCUGCCUUCUCCUCUGCCUGGGGCCAGUUUCAGGCUUUGGCGUGGACCCCUCGCUGCAGAUCGACGUGCUGUCCGAGCUACAGCUGGGAGGCUCCACGGAGGGCGUGCGCCAGGUGCCGGGGCUGCACAACGGGAGCAAAGCCUUCCUUUUCCCAGAUACUUCAAGAAAUGUGAAGGCAUCUCCAGAAACAGCUGAAAUCUUUUUUCAGAAGUUAAGAAAUAAAUGUGAAUUCACAAUCCUGGUGACUUUAAAACAAGCCCGUUUGAAUUCAGGGGUUAUUCUCUCUAUUCACCAUUUAGAUCACAGGUACCUGGAGCUGGAAAGCAGCGGUCAUCGAAAUGAAAUCAGGUUGCAUUAUCGUUCUGGCAGUCAUCGCUCCCACACAGAAGUGUUCCCGUACAUUUUGGCAGAUGAUAAAUGGCACAGACUUUCCUUAGCAAUCAGUGCCUCUCAUUUGAUUUUACAUGUGGACUGCAAUAAAAUUUAUGAAAGAGUUGUGGAGAAGCCUUUCAUGGACUUACCUUUGGGUACAACCUUUUGGCUGGGACAGAGGAAUACUGCACAUGGUUAUUUUAAGGGCAUAAUGCAAGAUGUGCAAUUGCUUGUCAUGCCUCAAGGAUUUAUUUCUCAGUGCCCAGAUCUUAAUCGCACAUGCCCAACUUGUAAUGACUUCCAUGGACUUGUGCAGAAAAUAAUGGAACUGCAAGACAUUUUAGCAAAAACAUCAGCUAAGUUGUCUCAAGCUGAGCAGAGGAUGAACAAGUUGGAUCAGUGCUACUGUGAAAGAACCUGCACAAUGAAAGGCACAACCUACAGGGAGUUUGAAUCCUGGACGGAUGGCUGUAAGAACUGCACUUGCAUGAACGGUACUGUGCAGUGCGAGGCUUUGAUUUGCCCCCUUGCUGACUGUCCACUUAACUCUGCCCUGGCCUAUGUGGAUGGCAAGUGCUGCAAGGAAUGUCAAUCGGUGUGUAUAUUUGAAGGCAGAACCUAUUUUGAAGGACAAAGAGAAACUGUGUAUUCAAGCUCAGGGGACUGUGUUCUGUUUGAGUGCAAGGACCACAAAAUGCAGCGAAUUCCAAAAGACAGCUGUACAUCUUUGAACUGUCCAGAAUCUCAACAGAUCCCCUUAUCUCACAGUUGCUGCAAAGUCUGUAAAGGCCAUGACUUUUGCACUGAAGGACAUAACUGUAUGGAGCAUUCUGUCUGCCGAAACCUGGAGGACAGAGCUGUCUGUAGCUGCCGAGAUGGCUUCCGAGCCCUUCGAGAGGACAAUGCCUACUGUGAAGAUAUUGAUGAGUGUGCUGAAGGACGGCACUACUGUCGUGAGAACACCAUGUGUGUAAAUACACCAGGAUCCUUCAUGUGUGUCUGCAAAACAGGAUACAUACGCAUUGAUGAUUAUUCAUGCACAGAGCAUGACGAAUGUGUGACAAACCAGCACAACUGUGAUGAAAACGCGCUCUGUUUCAACACUGUGGGUGGGCACAACUGUGUCUGCAAGCCAGGUUACACAGGAAAUGGUACCAUCUGCAAAGCAUUUUGCAAAGACGGGUGUAGGAAUGGAGGAGCCUGUAUUGCUUCCAAUGUGUGUGCCUGCCCACAAGGCUUCACGGGCCCCAGCUGUGAAACUGACAUUGAUGAGUGCUCGGAUGGCUUUGUUCAGUGUGACAGCCGUGCAAACUGCAUUAACCUGCCUGGUUGGUACCACUGCGAAUGCAGAGAUGGCUACCAUGACAAUGGGAUGUUUUCACCAAGUGGAGAAUCCUGUGAAGACAUUGAUGAAUGUGGAACUGGAAGGCACAGCUGUGCCAAUGACACUGUUUGCUUUAACUUGGAUGGCGGGUAUGACUGUCGAUGUCCUCAUGGCAAGAACUGCACAGGAGACUGUAUCCAUGAAGGCAAAAUCAAGCACAAUGGUCAGAUUUGGGUGCUGGAGAAUGACAGAUGUUCUGUCUGCUCGUGCCAGAACGGAUAUGUGAUGUGCCGGCGAAUGGUCUGUGACUGCCAAAAUCCCACCGUUGACCUCUUCUGCUGUCCUGAGUGUGACCCAAGGCUCAGCAGUCAAUGUUUACACCAGAAUGGGGAGCUUUCCUAUAACAGUGGUGACUCCUGGAUACAGAACUGUCAGCAGUGCCGCUGUCUGCAAGGAGAAGUUGACUGCUGGCCCUUGCCAUGCCCAGAGGUGGACUGUGAAUUCAGUGUCCUCCCUGAGAGCGAGUGCUGCCCACGCUGUGUCACUGACCCCUGCCAAGCUGACACCAUUCGCAACGACAUCACUAAAACAUGUCUGGAUGAAACCAAUGUCAUUCGCUUCACUGGAUCUUCUUGGAUUAAGCAUGGCACAGAGUGCACCCUCUGCCAGUGCAAGAAUGGCCAUGUCUGUUGCUCAGUGGAUCCACAGUGCCUUCAGGAACUGUGA